CAAGCUCCACGGCACGUACGAGGCUGCUGACCAGCAUGCCAAGGGUUGCGUCUGUGACCUCGCUCUCAAUGCUCGCCACACCGCCAAAGCUAUUGGCAAACAGCUGGCAUCUUUCACCGCGUGCUGCUUCGGUGCUAACCUUGGCCAUCCCCGACAAGAAGAUGCAAGACAACAUGUCAGCUGUUGCGCCUGGAAGUGUGGUAGGCAGAGAUCACCCGGUGAUUCCUCCUCGGCGCCAAACGCCAAUCAGGCUGGUCAGGAGGUCAGCGGAUGCAUGUGCAAACUCGGUAAACUCUUCUCUGGCUCAUCUUCCUCGCACCCACAUGUUCCUGGUGAUGAAGAUCGUGGCAAUGUGCAAGAAACACCAAUGCCUGAAUUUAAGAGGGUUGAUUUCUCUCAAAGGAUGAAGAAUGCUAUAGAGCAACUAAAGCUUAGGAGUGAGGACGUUAACAAGAUUCUGAAACAUUGUGGCCCUAGGACUACCACAGACAUUACCCAACAUCGUUCCCCCACCACACCUCAGAGUGCAGAGCCAAAACUAUAUGGGAGGUACCAUGUCAUGAAUAGCAUCAUACAUGAUAUCACCAAGGGUCAAUACCGCGACAAGUGUCUAACCGUGCUUCCGGUUACUGGUCCAGGGGGAAUGGGGAAGACAACUCUGAUGCAACACAUAUAUAACAACCAACAAAUGCAGAAUCAUUUUCCGGUCAGGAUUUGGAUAUGUGUCUCGUUCAGUUUCAACCUGGGUGAGGUGCUAGACCAGAUUAAAGAACACACCCUUACGGUUGAAGGUGAAAAUGGGUGCAGUACAACACAAGAGUUGAUUGAACACAGAUUGAAAUACAAAAGGUUCUUACUUGUACUGGAUGAUAUAUGGCAGUUUACUGAUGUGGAUGACUGGAAAAAACUAUUGUUGAUACUCGGCAAGUCACAAGAAAAGGGUUCCAUGAUUCUAGUCACAACUCGGCAAACAGAAAUAGCACAGAUGGUUAAAACAAUAGACCGUCCUAAAGAACUGAAUGGUUUAGAACCUGGAGAAUUUAGGAAAUUAUUCCUUGUAUAUGUCUUUGAUGAUGAGCAAUGUCCAGGGGAUAAACGUUUUUUGCUUGACAUUGGAGAUAAGAUAAUGGAAAAACUGAAGGGCUCCCCUCUUGCAGCAAAGACCGUUGGUAGAUUACUGAGGACAAACCCUAGUUUGGCUCAUUGGAGAAGGGUCCUAAACAGCAAACAAUGGGCAGAACAAACCAAUGGAAUUAUGGCUGCCUUAAAGCUUAGCUAUGACUUUCUCCCUUUCCAUCUGCAACGGUGUUUUUCCUAUUCUGCAUUAUUUCCUGAAGAUUACCUUUUCAGAAGUCAUGAGCUGAUCAGCCUAUGGAUCGGACUAGAUAUUUUGACACCUUCUGAUCAAAACCCAACCUUUGAAGGCAUAGGUAUGAGCAUUUUGAAUGAUCUAGUCAUCCAUGGAUUUUUCAGAGAAUAUAAAGCUGAUGGUGGUCUGCGGUAUGUUAUGCAUGACCUACUGCAUGAGUUGGCAUUGAAGGUUGCAUCACAUGAUUGUCUUCGUUUUCGUCUCCCUGAUGUUGGAUCGGUAGAAAUUAAGCCAUCCACCCGACACUUGUCUAUAAGCAUAGAGAACUUGGGUGAAUAUAAUGGUCAAAAAUUAAAGAGGGAAUUGGAAAAACUGAAGACAAGAUUGAAGGUUGAACAUUUGCAAACACUGAUGGUAUUUGGAGCAAUGGAUGAAGGUUCUGCUAAGAUAUUUGGUGAUUUUCUCAGGGAAGCAAAUGCUCUUCGUGUUCUUUAUUUGCCCCUCCUGAAGUAUCGCGUGGAGUCCAUGGUACAUAAUUUUUCAGGACUUGUCCACCUACGAUUCCUAUGUCUAGGGUGUUUACCAAUUAACAUCUCUAAUUUUUAUCAUCUAAGGGUUCUAGAUCUUAAGUCAUGGCCUAGCAUUGGUGAUUUUCUUGAAAACACGAGCAACCUUGCAAAGUUGUGCCAUUAUUAUACCCCAAGAGAUGAUAAGGAUAUUUGUGAUGUGGGAAAACUUCAGCUCUUGGAAAAGUUGAAGGUAUUUCGGGUCAAUAAAAAAAUGAAGGAUUUGAACCAAAGCAACUAGAGCCAUUGACCAAGCUAUGGGAGCUUGGCAUCUACAACCUUGAGAAAAUACAUACAAAGAAAGAAGCAGCUCAGGCAAAACUGAUUGAGAAAAAAUACUUGAGGAGGUUAACAUUGGAUUGGGAUAGUAAGCGAUCUAGUGUCGAGCCUAGGGUGGAAGCAGCAGUUCUUGAAAGCCUUCAACCACAUGGAGAACUUCAAGUGUUGUGCAUUAGAGGGCACAGAGGUCCUUCUUGUCCAACAUGGCUGGGUGAUGAGUUCGCUGUUGAAGCUCUACAAUCUCUUUAUUUGGAUGGUGUUUCUUGGGAAGUUUUCCCUUCUUUAGGGAAGGCGUGGGAUCUUCGUGAACUGAGGUUGAAGGAUAUUGCCGGACCGAAGGAUUUUAUCAUGGAGAAAAGUUUCUGCAUGCUAAUAAAGCUUGAACUCAUUGGCCUAGGAAGUUUUGAAAAUUGGGUUUUCCCAGCUGAACAAGAGUCUAACCUGGAUGGAGAGCAGUUGCCAAGAGAUGAUCAUAUGUUCCCUCUCUUGCAAGUGUUAAUUAUUAGAGAGUGCCCUAAAUUCUUGGAGUUUCCAGUUUCAAACCACAUUCUUUAUCCAGAUUGGUUUCCCAAACUACAAGAGCUUCAGAUAAGGAACUGUCCAAAAUUCUCGGUAGUGAUUCCCAUCUCCUGGAUUGAAAGUUUGUGUUCUGUCUGGAUGGAAUCUGUAAAGCUACUAGAGGAGUUUGCAUACUCAAAAUCAUUUGGUGGAGCAGAAUUGGAAAUUACCGGUGAGAGUGAUCUGCUUAGCUUAGACCAAGUGCUGGUUUUUGAUAAAGAAACAAGUCUUGAGAAGCUGACACUCAAGAGGUGCCCACCUCUGGAGUUAAAGCACCUUCUAAUUCUAACCUCGCUGAAGACAUUGAUUGUAGAACAUUCAGAAUCUCUGGUUGGACCACUAGGAGGUCAGGGUGAUGUGGAAUGGCAGCUCCCUCUUGAGUAUAUCAAUAUCAACGACUUAACUGGUAAUACUGGCGAGGAACUGACAGAGCUCCUUCCCCACCUCCCAAAGCUCUCCAAAUUGGAAAUAAAUGAGUGUAAAAACAUAAAGAAGCUGGUUGUGCAACAGACAACAUCAGAACCAUCAGAGUUGGGGGGGGAAAUGAAAUAACAGCAGCAGCAGAGGAAGAGAAUGACGGUGUGCUGCUCUUCCCAGCUCAUCUCUGUGACUCACUACUGGAAUUGGAGUUCUAUAACUGCCAAGAGCUGGUCCUGGUGGACCCGCCAACUCUUGUUCCUGGUGGAGGAGGGCUCCAAGCCUUGCGAUCCCUCCAGGGAUUAACAAUACGGGGGCCCCCAAAGUUUCUAUCCGCCUUCUCCUUUUCUUGUCACAUUUUCCCUUCCUCCCUGCAGUUUCUGUUUCUUUUGGACGUGAAAGGCUUGAGGACACUGGAGCCCCUCUCAAACAUCUCCUCUCUUGCCACAUUAGGUUUGUAUAAUUGUGGAGAGGAUCUGAAAUGUUAGGGCUUGCAGUCUCUCCUUAGCACCGGCGGCCAUCUCAGGCAAUUGAAACUCAGGGGCAGCCCUAGAUUCUUUGCUGAUUGGGAUCCCAGUCCCAGACGGGCUUUGGAGGAUGCUGAGGGAGGUGAAGAACAACAGACACAGCUUGUUUCAUCCACACUGCGUGAGCUCUGGACAGAUGACAUGGCAGGACUUGUUGCUGCACCCGUCUGCAUCUUCCUCUCUUUCUCGCUCACCAAGCUGAAACUUUGGGGGGAUUGGUGUGAAGGGAUGGAGCGCUUCAGCAAGGAGCAAGAGGACGCCCUUCAACUCCUCUCCUCCCUCCGGGAACUAGAGUUUUGGGGUUUCGAGGGCCUUCAACAACUCCCUGCAAGGCUGCAUAACCUUACCAGCCUCAAGAUAUUAUCAGUCUGCUCUUGUCCAGCCAUCUUGUCGUUGCCCAACGAUGCUCUCCCGAAUUCACUAGAAAAGCUACAUGUCUAUAAUUGCAGCGAGGAGCUAAAACAGCAGUGCAGGGGGUUGGAGGGAACCAUCCCAAGAGUCAAAAUACAGUGAUCCAAGACGUGGCGGUCUACUCACCUAUUUUGGGUGUCACGGUCAAAAUAGCAGUAGGACAUCAGUAUGGAAGAAAUGAGACUUCGGGUCAAGCUACUGAUAUUAAAGUGUUCUUAUGUUUGUUUGGUGGGCUUUCAAGCCACUUGUGUUUACAUUUUGUCCAAAACGAUGAAGAGUGAAGGUGUGCCUGGAAAAUCUUCAGUCUUAGUGAUCAAAGGAUCAUCUGGCAUAAUUAUGUCUAUAAUUUAAUGUUUUGCUGCUGAUCAUGUUUGCAGUUUUGCCAUUCAGGAUCUUCAGAAGAAUAACCGGCAUGGCAUAUCAGUACACAUGUGGAGCCAGUUCAGAUCAUAGGCAGUAGUAGCAGUCUCAAGUGUGCCAAGUCCAUCUUAAGCGCAUGCUGGUCUGGUCGCUGUGGAAUUGCUGCAGCCAUUGCCGACAGCAUCCCCCAAAGCACAUUGUGCAAGCUGUUGUUGCAUAUGAUAUUUUCGAAGGCCAUAAUGGCAAACAAGCAGAGCAAGAUUACAGUUUCCUCAAUGUGAAGCUGACAGCCAAAAACUAAAACUGCAAAGGAGUGAGUAACUGGAGAAGGUUUUGUACUCACGGUUCUCGCCAAGAAUUGCAACUCCAGCAGAACUGAACUGCCAAUUACUCACACAUCUCCUUGUCAGGAACAACCAGACUGCAUCAUCUUCUGAAGAAAUCGACACUUCUCAUGUUGUUAUCUGAAGAAAUCGACACCCAGCGGUUAUCUUCAUCAAAUCUAACAGCAACGUACCACCGCUUUCCACGGAGUUCCGACACACUGCCACACCCUUGAUCGUGCAUCCAACGGCUCUGAAGACUAGAGCUGUCACUAUUUGAAUUACUUUAGGUACCGGUGAUAAAUGGCAAAUGGGGCCGAAUAAGACAAGAGUGGAAGCAAAUCAGCAACCACACUCUCCACCUCAUGUCCCGGAGCAGCAACAAUCAAACUACAUUAACACAAAACCAGUAUAUUAAUGAAAAUAUUUAGAUGCAUACGGCAGUUGUUUUCUA